AUGUGGCCGUCGAAGAAAUACUCCAACUGUUUGAGAGGACGAUCGCGGAGUACGAGGAGGAACUUUCUCCAACGAAAGCGGAGAAGGAACGGCAAGGCCAACAACGACUGGACCUGUUCUCAAGCCUCACCUUCCGUUACGCGAAGCGGUUCCCUCUUAACUGCAUUUUGGCUCACGUCACAACACAAAAAGCUAACUCUAAAAAAAAUGCAGCAGAUGUCGCUGGUGAGUGGCGAUGAGGUACCCUCCGAGGGGCAGGGGGAGCCGGCGGAGCCCCACCGCGUUAAAGAGGAAGAGGAGGACGUGUGGAGGAGUCAGAAUGGGGAGCAGCUUCGAGGGCUGAAGGAGGUGGCUGACGUCAACGCGUUCACAUUGACGGGUGGCCACGAGAAGAAGGAAGUUGAUGAAGCUCGGUCCCCACAGCGUCGUGACCUUCAAAGUGUUAAAUUCGGUCAACACACCACAACAGAAGCUUAUGGAGAUCACUGCGGAGGAUCACAACCGGACAACUUCGCUCCGCUACAAGAUAUGGACGAUGUGGCGUCAAAGUCUCAUCGCAGCGACCGUACCGAAGAUACUUUGAAGACUAACAAGAAUUCUAAAGAUACGGAGGAGGAUCUACUUGUGUUCUUGCGGCAACGCAAUAUUUCUAGUGAGCUUCUCUCUCAAAUGGAGCGAGACAAGAUCGACUCGUCUGUGAAUCUUCUCAUGUCGGAUGAAGAGCUUCAGAAGUACAUCCCCCAUUACGGUGACAGGAUAGCGGUCGUCGCCUUCUGCCGAAAUCCAACUUCAGAGGCGAGGAGGAAGGUUAUCGUGGACAGGCGACCCACGCCGCCCUCUUGCAGUCGGGGAAGCUAUUUAUUUGGCAACGGAAAUGGCAAGAGAGCAAAAAGACGACUGGAAUUAGGAUGGAUGAAUUUUGACUGGAAAGAAAAGAGAUUCAAACAAGUGAGGUCCGGCAGAGGCGGUGGCACCAAGUCCCUGUGCAUUGAAAAAAGCAAGACGGUGCAAGAAAUUCAAAUGAUGGCAGAGGGCAUUUUCUUCCCCGACGGUCAACUCUCCGACUAUCAAACGCGAAUAACGGACUUUGCGGAGCACCAGCUCGACUCCGCCAGCACACUGGAGGAAGUUUACGAGAUCACCCAAGCUCGAAUCCUCCGACUCUAUCUCUGCACAAAGCGACGCGGUCAAGAAGCGAUACAGUGGAACCUCGAUUUAGGAACCUAAUCCGCUUUAUGCGGAACGUCACGUGACCCAACGCGGAACACGGGAUAGCCGACUUCCAGUGUAUGCUACGCUAAAAAGCAUAACUAGGAUUGAUGACAUGAUUGUUUGAUGCCGAGCUAAAAUAGUAUUUUCUUUCUGGCUGGUGUCUUCGGACAAAAGUUAAAUACAUGAAUAUUGUUUAUUUCUACAAAUAGGAUAUGCAAACAUUGUCACGUCACGGGACCCUCUGGUGCGUUCACAGCUAGUCGGAAAUCACAAAAUCCCUUAAUUUGACAACCAGGUCGCUACAAAAUCCACUUUAUCUUGACUUCUUGGCUUGCGGCGACGUAAGUGACUCGCCUUCUCGCAAACGAUAGUCUCGGAAAUGCUAUCACUCGCUAGCUGUUUGCAGCUUUUCCACUUUGCCCAGAGGUUUUCUCUCGGUCCCUUCAAAGAUACUUCACUCUCUUGGGCAUGUCAGCAGCAACAAAAACGUCCCCCCCCCCCCCCCCCCCCCCCCUCCCACAAUAGUGGCAAUUGUGGACUUGUUUCUUCCAACCAAGCUUAGCAAUGCCUGCGCCAUUGAUAUACUUCCCACAAAUUCGGCAAAAAUUCUUCUGGGGGGAAAAACAAAGGAAGAGGCAUCAAGUUGUUCACUGCCAAUUCCAGUUGAAGUUUACUGUCAAACUAAAUAUCCAAGAAUUGUGUACUUAAAACCACAAAAUGUUUCCUUUGUCUGCUAUUCUAGGCAUAUAUUUGUUACACUCUGCAAAAAAAAAAUGACAAUACGGCAUCCCCUUGAGUCACUCACUUAUAGUUGAAACUCUUCUUCAUUUGUGUGUACUACAUGACUACUAUAGUGCCCUCCGGUGGCCAAGUCAAACACAAUUCUUUACAUUCCAUGUAAUUAUUACUAUAUGUUUUUAAAGUAUAUAUCGAGUGCUAUUUUCCAAAUUUAAAAAACCUUGUUGUUUUGCGGGGGAGGCUGGAACGGAUUACUGGUAGCAUAGUCACAGAACAGAUUAAACAUGCAAGCGCCACAGAUGAUUUCUUUUCAGUAUUUGCUUGUGUUCUUGUAAUUUCAGGUUCAAAUACAAAUAUGUUGAUUGAUAAAACAUUUCCAGGUUCCGUUGCUGCAUUGAUAGAAAGAAAAAAAAUAAAGCACCAAACAUAUUUUGUGCAGGUACUGUAAAUUGCUUUGUUGUAAAAACAAAACAUCAGUUUAAGACCUUUUUUUUUGCAGAGCACUGAUUUAUUUUUUUCCCCACAAAAUUGAGUCCAAGGAACUGUGUGCUGUGCAAACACUUUUUAUUCACAAGAUAGCAGACAGAACAAAAAAAACAGCCAGCGACUGGACUGACAUGGAAAUUUACAAGGGUAAACUUUGUACAAGAUGAAAAGGUUGCAGAAAUGUAGUGUGCUGGGGUUUACUACUGUAUGGCAUAUAUUAUGUCUUAGUGUGUAAUAUGAUGGUGCAUCUUUCAGAAUACAAAAACACCUCAUAAAUGCUGUCA